AUGCUCGCCGCCGCCGCCUUUGUUCUGUCUACUGCACUCCUUGCGUCUGCUGAACGCUCCUUGUCUCUCAAGGUUGCCACUCCCUCUGCUGAGAUCACCGAUGUCGACAACUUCCGCGUCGCUGCCACCGUCUCCAACACUGGAUCUGAGACUCUCCGCCUGCUCCGCGACCCUCGGUCUCCUCUCUCCACCUGGGCUACUGAGAGCUUUGGUGUGGUGAACAACAGGGGGGCACGUGCUGCGUUCAGCGGUGUCAAGGUGCGAUACAGCCCUCAGGCCGUUGCGAAGGCCGGACGUGCAGAGUCGUUCGUGGAGCUGAAGCCCGGGGAGUCGGUGACUGUCGAGCAUGACCUCGCUGGUGUGUACAACCUGACGUCUACUGGUGUCGGCGCAUACACUGUGGAUGCUGCGAACCUGUUCCGCGUUGUUGAGGCGGACAGCUCGCUGACUGACAUCUACGCUGAUGUCGUUGCUGCCGAAGUCAAGGUCCAGGGCAAGCUCGCCUCCUUCAAGAACGCUGCUGUCCAGCCCGCCGUUUCUCGCAUGAGCAAGCGCGCUUCCUACACCGGCUGCUCCUCCACUCAACAAAGCCAGAUCUCGAGUGCUAUCAGCUCUGGCCAAAGCUAUGCCAGCAGCUCCUACAGCCACUUGACCUCCAACCCCUCCGGAUCCACCCGCUACACUCGCUGGUUCGGAACCUUUUCCACCAGCCGCUACAACGCCGUCCUCAACAGCUUCUCUCGCCUCCGUACCUACCCCAACGGAUGGACUUACAACUGCAACACCUGCAGCGACCCUGAUACCUAUGCCUAUGUUUACCCCAGUCGCUACGGCACUGUCUACCUCUGCGGAUACUUCUGGAGCGCCCCUGCUACUGGUGCUGGCUCUCGCGCUGACACCAUCAUCCAUGAGGGAACUCACUUCACCCAGGUCCUCGGCACUGAUGACUACGUCUAUGGUCAAUCUGGAUGCUUGUCCCUCGCCAAAUCCAACCCUACCAACGCUGUCUACAACGCCGACAACCACGCUUUCUUCUCUGUCAACGCAUAA